AUGGCCUCUGUCUCCAAGCUCACCUGCAUCUACCCUGCCCUCAUUCUUCAUGAGGUGACAGUCACGGAGGAUAAGAUCAGUGCCCUCAUUAAAGCAGCAGGUGUCAACAUUGAACCUUUCUGGCCUGGCUUGUUUGCAAAGGUCCUGGCCAGUGUCAGCACUGGGAGCCUCAUCUGCAGUGUGGGGGCUGGUGGGCCAGCUCCAGCAGCCGGAGCUGCAGCAGCAGAAGGUCCUGCGCCAGCCACCACUGCUGCCCCAGCUGAGGAGAAGGAAGUGGAAGCAAAGAAGGAAAAAUCUGAGGAGUCUGAUGAUGACGUGGGCUUUGGUCUUUUUGACUAA